AUGGCUGCUGCACCACCUGGACCUACUCUGAAAGGGCAUACUCUGGUUGUAAAGGAUUUCGAUGACGCCGUCAAGCAGCUGAUUGAUUUUCUGCAUCAUGGCGGUGAUACUUCAGAAGGCAGAAUAAAAGCAUUCUUAUUUCAUGGCUGGUACGGUGUGGGUCUUGGAGCAUCCGCCGUUCUUAGAGCUACAGCAGAACACCUCAAAUCCAAAAGAAGCGAUCCAGACAUGAAACAGCAAUUUGGUAAAGUUGUCCACGUCGACUGCUCUCUGUGGAAAAAUAGAAGGACGAUGCAGCAGGAAAUAGCAGCAGAACUGAACCUUGUGCAUUUAAUGCCUAUUUUUGAUAAGCAAAAUGAGGACGAUGAUUUCAGAGGAGUAGAGGACAGUUCUAGAGCAGAGAUAACAAGCAUAGCAAGUGCGAUCUAUGAAUCUCUAAUCAAUGAAAAAUUUAUAUUAAUUCUUCAUUAUGGGGGAGAUGCAGAUAUUGAUCUGGCAGAGUCGGGCGUUCCUGUAUUUGGACCUUUCGGUAAAGCCAAGCUUUUAUGGACCAAUCAUGGAAGAUUUCAGCUCUCACAGAAACAACACAAGUUGUUGACAUCCAGUUUCCUUGAUAUAAACAUGCUUUUCAUUACCACAGACCACAUCUAUAUCGGGCAACAACUACGUUGUUUAUUGCACAAAGAAGCUGUUGAGGUGAUUAGUUACACGGGAAUGGAUGACAUCAACCCAGCAACUGUUGUGGAUUGCUUCUUGUACUCACUGUUGCUGGUAGGACAACUGGGUGAAAACUCUGACACUGUUGAGUAUGGUUGGGCCACUUAUGUUUGCAACUACUGGAUAUGUGACGGAAUCCUUCAAAAGGACAGAGCUUGGGAGGUUGGCAAUGCAUUAUAUGGAGUGAUAGGGCAAUUGCGCCAUUCUUCAGGUGCAAUAGAAACUCUAUUAUAUUGGUUGGACCAACAAAUAAAAUCCUACCAAGGCUGGAAGUCAAUUGCAUCAAACCAACAAGGAGCACAAAGUAUCUCUGUUGUUCCUGUUAAUGCAUCAUCCUAUUUCUUAACAUUUAAGGGAGAUGAUCUGCUACAACUACCGAAUGAUUUGUUUCAACUAGCCAACAACCUCCGUGUGCUAAAACUCUGCAAGUGCAGAUUUGAUUUUGCAUUGCCUCCUUUCCAAUCCUGCCACAACCUAAGGUUCCUUUGGCUUGACCAUUGUGCAAACACUGGGAAGGAGCAAGGUGGGGGAGCAUGUUUUCCAAACCUGAUAGUGCUUGACUUGCGUCACACUGAUUAUGCCUUGCAGCAGCAGAUGAUUGAACGGAUGACAAAUCUAAGAGAAAUAAAUACAAAAGGAGUCUCAUGGAGGAAUAUAAGUCAUGCAUGGAAAACAUUACAAAAUCUUCACAAGCUCCGACUAACAGAAUCUUCAGAUUUGAUCACAGUGAACAAUUGCUCUUCCUUGGAUAUGAUCAAUCUGGAGCUCCUUGACUUGUCUGGCAAUAUCUCUAUGGCAUCAUUGCCUAGAAUGUCAUCAGCGGCAAGCUUGAAGAUGCUUGUUCUUGAUGGUUGUUCCAACUUGGAGACCGUUGCAGUUGAAGGAGCUCUUCCAUUGCUCGAGACUUUUAGCUUCGAUGGUUAUGGCCCAACAGAGAACUGGGCACAUCCCAUAGAAUUACCAAAAAAAGAAUUUUGGCCAAAGUCUCGUGCAACUCCAAUCCAAGAAGCCAAGGUGACCAAAAUUUCCCUCAUGGGUUGUGGUCGAUUGCAUAGCAUAUUCUUGCGUGCGUUGGACAAUCUGGACGAGUUGGACCUCUCUGGUACAGCCAUAAAAAUGCUUGACCUUAGUGUCAUGGAUGUCCCAAAGCUCAGGAAGUUAUUAUUACUGGGUUGUCGGCAGCUCUUUAGUCUAGGUUGGCGUUAUAAUAACCCAUUUAGAUUGAAAGUGGUACAUGUAGACACUUGCUGGAGGAAAAGAUUAGUGGUAUGUUGUGCACGAGUGAGGGAGGAUUUCUUUCAUUUUGAGGCAUGCAUUACCCUUACAGAUGCAAGGUUCCUUUGGCGGUGCAUGGAGGGACUCUACUUACGUUCAUGGUGGUGCAUGCACAGUGGGGGCAAGUUGAAGUUGCACCUCCAUAUCUCUUCUACCAUUCAUAGCCAAAUCAACAUGACCAAAAGUAUCAAGGAGAUUGGUCCUAGCCAAGAGGGUUUUGCUCCCACAGGGCGAUCAUUACCUUAUGAUGAUAUUAUUAUCCUUUUGAAGGAUGUAGCAAAUUCAUCCCUUGUGUGCGACCAGAGGCAGCUUCAACCUCUCGAUGUGCAUAUAGAGAUUGGUGAUGAAGGCCACAAUUUGGAGACUAUGGACAAGAACCAGCAUUUCAGAUGGUUCGUUAGGGAUCAUGUUCAAUCAUUGCACGUGCAUGACAAUUCCUCAAUCGCGGCUAUCCCUCCAAGGGGUCCACAAACUUGGCUUGGCCUAACAUGGUGUCAUGUUGAGAGAUGUCCCAAGCUACGUUCACUCUUCUCUUGUAAGGCUAGAGAAGACAACUUCACUUCUUUAAGGACAUUUUCCGCGUCUGAUCUCCCGACGGCCUGCUGCAUCUGGGAUAAAACCAACCCCAAAGACCCUGAAGAUUGCAUAUACCUACGAAGUGCCUUCACAUCCCUACAUUCCAUAUACCUACACAAUUGCCCGAGGCUGGUGUUUGUCCUCCCGAUUUCCUUCACCUUGCCAAGCCUGGAGACCCUUCACAUGGCAUACUGCAGGAACCUGCAAUAUGUUUUCCCACUGGACAACAAGUACCCUCCAGAAAUAGCUUCUGGUGCCACAUUCCAGAACCUGAAGCACAUCAAGCUAUACCAUCUCCAUCGGCUGGAGCAGAUAUGCGAAGCCAGACUGACCGCACCGGCGCUGGAGACGAUCAGUCUCAGGGACUGCUGGGGCCUGAGACGGAUACCGGCCGUCGCUGCGCGUCAAGGUCCUAAGCCAGUUGUGGACUGUGAGAAGGAUUGUUGGGGCAGGCUCGAGUGGGACGGCCUGGAGGCCGGGCACCACCCGUCGCUCUUCGAAACGCUUCACUCAGCUUACUACAAGGAGGCGCUCCCAAGGGUCUCCGUUCUAAGGUGA